AUGAUUAUCAAAUCACCAAUUGAUGGUAUCUUGAUAUCGCAAUCAUUUAUUAGGUGUUCAUAUUAUUUUUAAUGAAUAAGAUGUUUUUGAUACUCAAGCUGAUAUCGAUGGUCCGGGUAAAUUUUACCUUUUAAUUUAGUCGACACUCCAUUCCAAGGAGGAGUGUUUAGAUGCAAAUUGAUCUUGCCACCUCAAUGUCCCUAGAUGGCCCCUAAAGAUAAGCUAGCUAUGUAUUUUAGGACUAUUUAACACUAAAAUCUUUCAUCCAAAUGUAUCAGAAAAAGGAGAAAUUGUGUGAAUACAUUAAAGAAAGGUUGA